GAUGCAGUAGAAAGGAAGGUCACGCGAAAAAAUUUGCCCCCCCCCCCAUAAGUUGUAAGCUCUCUCCCAUUUGAGAUAUUUUGGUAUAUAUAUAUCGCCGUCUGGACCCUUUGUUUUUUUCGCAUCAAACUUCCCUUCAUCUUCGUAUGUGAGCGCGUGAAGAUGUUGGACAACACCGAUGAGAGCAUUAAAGUAAUUGUGGUAGGAGACGGCAACGUUGGCAAAACAUGUAUGCUGCGCCGUUUUGUGAAGGGCGACUUCAUUGCGCAGUACCGCAAAACGAUCGGCGCAGAGUUUAUGGAGAAGGAUGUCUACAUACGUUCUUCGGACACCACCGUGAAGCUAAUGUUGUGGGACACGGCGGGGCAAGAGGUGUUUAAUGCGCUUACACAGGCCUACUACCGCGGCGCCGGUGCCGCCGUACUGACCUUCAGCACGGUAGAUCGCGAUAGCUUCAUGAACAUUGCGGGGUGGAAGCAGCGAGUGGAGUCGGUCUGCGGCCCCAUCACGAUGGUGCUGUGCCAGACAAAGUUUGACCUUUCCCAUGAGGCGGUCAUUACAAACGAGGAGGCCGAGCAGCUCGCUAGCCAGCUGGAGGUGCCGCUUUUUCGCGUCUCCACAAAGGACGACUUUAACGUGACACAGCUGUUCGAGUUUACGGCGCAGCAAUGCAUGGAGGGCGCAGCAGCUGCGGCGGCGGCAGCAAACGGAGAAAGAAAGACCGAAGACGGUGGUUCCCGCGUAGAGGGUGAGCGCCGACAGUCAAGUGGUGGCGUCGAAGGGGAGCCAACGGCGGGCACCGAAAGGUUAGGGAAAUCGUCGGCCGCGCCAGGUGCCGGCGGCGCGCCUUCCCCUCCUUUGGCAGGGGCCUCGACGGACGCCGGUGCAGAGGCACCUAGCGCGUCCCCCGUUGCCGAUCCGUUCAUACCUGCCGCUGCAGGAAGGGCUGGCAAGGGCGCGACGGCACCCACCGCUGCUGGCGUCAAAUCGCAAUCGAGCGGCGGAAAAAGUAAAUCUUCUCCCCCACCAAAGAAUAAGGUAACCCUGAAAGAACCAGAAGCGCGCGAGCACCACCACAAGAAAAAGUUCAGGUGCUCCCUGUAUUGA